AUGGAGAAGCUCCCGGCCGGGGCCACUCGAGAAGGAGGCCAGGAAACUCCCAAGAUACCAAUUCCAAUCCCCGUGCCAGUCAAAGUGGAUUUGCCUGCGAACUCGACCUGGACCAGCGAGGCCACACAUCUUGAGUUGAGCACAUACUUUGAUCCCCAGAAGCCAAACAUAUCCCGAGAUUUUGGACUCGAUGGUUUGCAACCCAUUAUUCGCGACACGGAGAGUGACAUUUUCCUCCUACAAGAUGCAUCGAGAAACUUUUAUCAAUGGAGUAGCUGGGAUGGCGACAUGUGGCAUCUGGUAGACUUGAAAGACAUCCAGGAGGCUGCCUACGCCAUCAUGCGCGACAGUGGAAUCCUACGAAAGACUCAGGUCUGGAACUUGGAUAGGUUGGAAGAGAGAAUUUGA